CUUGUACAACAAGGCGGCCCAAAACUAAAAAGCAACAUAUAACCAAAGCAAUCAAUUUAUGCAUCUCAGUAACACAGAACAAGAACAACAACAACAACACAGAAAAAACUCGAGCUAAUUGAAGAAGUCCAACAAUGGAGGAAGGAACAAAGGUCAUUCCACACCAAAUUGGAGGAAUCCACAACGAUGCUCUUCGAUUCGGCAUCCAUGGCGUCAAGAGCGAGAUUCUCGAAGCUCAUCCUCUACAAUCCGCUGUUCUUAAAGCGGAGAAAACUCAGCAAGAGAUGAAGAGGAAGAUUCUUGCUAACACUUAUGGUUCCGCUCUUCCUCUUAAGAUGGACCUCGAUCGCCAAAUUCUUUCUAGGUUCCAGAGGCCUCCUGGACCGAUAUCAUCCUCUAUGCUAGGGUUGGAGGCAGUGACAGGAACUUUAGAUGAUAUUGGUUUCGAAGAUUAUCUGAAUGAUCCACGUGAUUCAGAAUCGCUCCGAGUUCCAGACAUGCAUCAUGGCAUGGAAGUUCGUCUAGGCCUUUCUAAAGGACCAGUUGGUCCCUCUUUCUUCUGAUUGGCUACUAUUGUUGCUGAAGAUGUUCUCAAAUAGUUGGAAAUGGAUGUAUGAACGAUCUUGCAGUUAUUUCCUUAGACAUCUAAUCUAGUGAGACUUUUUGUUAUGGAAAUAUGUCAGCUUGAUCUAAUGGAAGUAUGAACGAUCUUACAAUUAAAUUUGUUAUGUUUGCCAAUAGUUGACGCAGUUUUCCUCUUUUUACAUGCUUAUUAAUUUUUGAUAUAUAUUUAUGAUGCUA